AUGUCCGGGCUGGAAUACGUCCUCCCGCUGCUGGACUCGGCCGGGCAGAAGGUGAUCGCGCACUACAUGGGCGACGCGGCAGCGCGCGACUUCACCGCCGCCCUGAAAGAGUUCCUGACCUGCUUCACGGAAUACAGCUACGUCGAGCCGCUGGUGCCGCCGGCGUACGCGCCGGCGUCGGCGCCCAUCGGCUGGCGCACCAAUCCCAGCAAAAGCGUGGGCAUCUUUUACCACAUCUACCCGGACAUCGCGGCGGCGAUCGAGCAGAACGGCUUCAAGGACGCGAUGGUGGCGGAGGCCGGGCUGGACCGGCCGGUCGUGCUGAACGUCAACACGACGGCGACGGAGGCGCGCGUGCGGGCGCGGCUGGGGGCCGGGUGGCCGGCGCGCAUGCGCAAGAAACUGCUGGCGGACUCGGACACGAAUCCGUUCUACGGGGGGCGGGCGACGCAGCUCAGCCGGAAGGAGGUGGGACGGCAGUGCGCGGGGACGAUGGCGAAGAGUCGGCGGGCGCAGGGGUUUGCGGGGGCGGUGCUGCUGCGGGUGUUGGGGCUGGCGCGGGCGUGCGGCGUGUACGAGCUCAGCGUCGCGGACGUGCUGGAGAUCAUGGCGCACGCGUGGCUGUACGAGCAGUUGGCGCGGCAGUUUCUAGCGGCGCUGCUGGGGCUGCACGGGUUCAACCUGACGCGGUACGGGUUCCGGCUGCCCAACGGCCACACGCUGGGCACGCGCAAGAACGACAUGCUCCCCAGCGAGGGCGUCGCUGGGUACUUCAUCCACGUGGGCGCCAUCGUGCACGGCAAGCCGCUGCUCAGCUACCCGGCGGCGGCGGCGGAGCUGCAGGACGUGGAGGUGCGGCUGGGGCGCGAAACGACACAGGCGCAGGCGGGGACGCCCGGCGUGGGGAUAGAGGUGGUUGAGCACGAGCCGAUCCUGAUGGACUCGGCGACGGCGACGGCGCUGUUCUUCCGGCCGGCGAACCGGCGCAAGCGCACCGUGACGCGCGACCUAACGGUAGGCGUGCUGCGCGAGGUCGGGUAUGGGCUGAUGCCGCGGGGGGUGGUGGCCAAGAUGGAGGGCGCGCGCCAACGGGCGCGGCGGCACGACGUGCACGGCAAUGCGCUGUGGCAGUCGCAGGACGCGGAGCCCAUCCAGGUGCGCGUGGUGCGGCACCGCGGCAGCAAGCGGCUCGUCGCGUGGAUCAGCACCAUCGGCGACUACCAUUGGGAUUGGCCGCCGGCUGGGGUGUUUGGACGCCCGUGUGCGUGCCGGCAGGCGGACCCGGCGAAGCGCAUCGUGAAUCGCCGGUUUCGCGGCAUCCCCGUGACAGACGUGUUCUGCCAUAGUCUGGCCGCGGCGCAGGCGCAGGCGGCGGUCGCGCCCGACGCGCUGCAGUUCCACUGGGUGACGGGCGACCUGCCGCUGGCGAUGCAGAAGACGGGCACCACGGCCACGAAUGUGUAUGUGCAGGUGCGCGGGGAGUGUCUGUACUGCGCGGCGAACAAUGCGGUGGCGUACGGGUGUGGGCUUGUCAUUGCUGGGGGCAUUUGA